GGAACUCAGUUGCGUGCUCGCGCAGCCCUGACUCUGUACUGAGAUCUCGCAGCGCGCACGACUCCUCGAUUCUCACUCAGCGUCCCGACUCCACACCAGCGCGAGAGUGGGAGAAAACUUUUCCAAAACUUUUCUUGUCGCCAUUAUCUCGCGUUUUUCUCCACCGAUGCAACGGCUUUGCGGAUCUCAAACGAAGAAACGGGUUAAGAAGGAAACUUGCCGCUCGGUUUGAUCAUGCGUGCGCGUGUGUAGCGCUUUUUGUUUUUCUUUGAAAAGUCUGAACGUUUGACGAACAGCAUAAACUAUUGACCAUUUUACCUCGUAUUUUAUUUCCCUUUGGUCACUUUUUUAACACGCUUUACGGGAGUGUUUCGCUCGCUGCUCUGUACAAAGGCCGGUUUUUAUUGCUCAAGAAAAAAUCAGUUCGCCAGACCCGAGAGGUGAAGUUAAACACUGCGCGUCUCCAUGAGGAAAUCUGAAGUGGGAAUUCAAGAGAUUUUGUGACUUCGUUUCUCUUUUCUUUUUUAUUUAUUUUAUUUUUUCUUGGUGCUACUCUUUUGCUCAAAGUAGUCAACGAUGAAGAUGAUGGUUUUAUUUACUGUAUGUCUGUCGGUGGUGGUUUUGGUGUCGGCUCAGGCUGAGCAGAAGUUAAAGAACUGCAAUGAAGUCAGAACUGCAUACAGCUCCAAAGGUUUCAACGUCAACGAUGUUCCCAACAAAGGAGUACAUGGAGCCCAUCUGAAGGUUUGUCCUCAAGGUUACUCCUGCUGUACUUUAGAAAUGGAGGAGAAGUUGAGUCAGCUGAGCCGGCUGGACCUCAAAGCCCCCGUCCAACAGCUCAGCGUCAACCUGCAGAGCACCUUCACCCAAAGACAUCGUCACUUUGACCAGUUCUUUAGAGAGCUGUUGACCAAUGCCGAGAAAUCCCUUCACGACAUGUUCGUGCGGACCUACGGCUUAAUGUACGUGAAGAACGCUGAGCUCUUCAAGCACUUCUUCAAAGAGCUGGGGCGCUACUAUGCCCACGGCAGCAGUGCUGUCAACCUGGAAGACAUGUUGGCGGAGUUCUGGACGGAGCUCCUGGAGCGCAUGUUCCGAUUGGUCAACGUGCAGUACGAGUUCAAUGACUCGUACAUGGACUGCGUCAGCAGACACAUGGAGCAGCUCAAGCCCUUCGGCGACGUCCCACGCAAGCUCCGUCUGCAGCUCACGCGUUCCUUCAUCGCGGUUCGUACAUUCACCCGCGGCCUGGCACUCAUGCCCGAGGUGGUGGGCAAAGUCUCCCUGGUAAGCUCUUCUCCGAGCUGCGUGCGUGCGGCCAUGAAGAUGUUAUACUGUCCGUAUUGCACUGGCCAGGUGGCAUUAAAGCCCUGCAAGAACUACUGCCUCAAUGUCAUGCGUGGCUGCUUGGCCAAUCAGGCGGACCUGGACACCGAAUGGAAUAACUUCCUGGAUUCCAUGCUGGGUCUGGCUGAGAGACUAGAGGGGCCGUUUAACUUCGAGUCCGUCAUGGAUCCCAUAGACGUGAAGAUUUCCGAUGCCAUUAUGAACAUGCAGGAAAACAGCAUACAGGUCUCUCAAAAGGUGUUCCAAGGUUGUGGGCAACCUAAGCCCAACAUGGCUUUCCGAUCAAAGCGCUCCCCACCGAAAGACUCCGGGUUCCCCGGGCGUUUCCGACCAUACAGCCCCGAAGCCAGGCCGACUACUGCAGCUGGCACCAGUUUGGACCGAUUGUUGACAGAUGCCAAAAAGAAGUUAAAACAUGCCAAAAAGUUCUGGUCCACACUUCCAGACACAGUCUGUGUUGGAGAGAGGGUCUCCCAAGGGGAUGAAUGCUGGAACGGCACGGCCAAAAGCAGGUACGAAUCUAUUGUCAUGGGCAACGGCUUAGCCAAUCAAGUGUCUAAUCCUGAUGUGGAAGUUGAUAUCACCAAACCAGACAUGGUGAUUCGUCGACAGAUCGCAGUUUUGAAAGAAAUGACCAGCUGGCUUAAAGCUGCCUACACUGGCACGGACAUCUCAGUUGGCACUGACGACACGGACAGUAGCGGAGAGGAAAGCGGAAGUGGAUGCACCUCGCCCUCUUGCGACGGCGAUGGAGACAUCUAUUUCUCCACCCCAUCGCCCAUAAACCCGAAAAUUGAGAAGGUUAAUAAAAACCUUCCACCUUCUAGCCCAGGAACCCAGUUGGCACCCUGCAGCCUGGCGCUGGCAGCCGCAUCCCUCCUGUUGGCCUUGCUCACCCUCCACGCGAGAUAAGAGCGGCCAAAUGAGAAAGAGGAUGAGUGUUUGUAACAAUUUGAAAGAGAGAGCAGAAAAGUGCUAUAGGACAUUACAAAGACUGCUUUCAGGAUCUGCCUCUGCCUGCCAUCUUGAGAAGACACUCGAGUUAUUAAUAUUCAAAUAACUUUACUUCAACGUAUUUUUGUUUGUUUAUGAGAACGGACUUCAAUGUAUGUACAGCUAUAAGUUUCAUGCAGCGCUACGCUCCCUUGUGUUCAAUCUUUUUUACGUUCGUAAUAGAUGCUCAUUGUGAUCGCUCAUUUCAUUUACAGUUUUAAAUACAUGUUUGUGUGAAUGGGGUGUGUGUGUGUGUGUGGAUGGCUGUAUAUAUCACGAGCGCUAUAAAGGAUUAAUCAACCAGUAUAACACAUGUAUAUGAUUUAAGCAAAUCUGUAUGAAGUACUAAUUAGGCAGAUUUUUUAACCCAUUGUGAAUGAAUGAAUUUGAGUGGGUAUGUGUGCUUGGAUGCUUCGAUUAGCUACAGAUCCUGGGUAGAAAACAAUACGUGAUGCCUUACAUUGGUCCUUUAUCUCAAGGGCUUAAGCGAAUAAGGGCUGUGUCCAACAGGAAUGCGCUGCUUUGAGUCUUUAGCAGAAUCAGGUUUUCUUUUAUUUGUCUCGAUUUUCCAGUUUUGCAACCCCCCCAUAUGCUUUCAGUGAAUGUAUAACUUGAGAAUAUGGUCUUCACUAAUAAUUGAAUUAUGUGGAUUGUGUCACAAAAAAAAGAGAUUUGGAUAGGUAAGGUGUAUAUACACAGUAUGUCUGAUCUGAAAGUUGAUUGAUGAAGAGGCUCUUAUUCGUUCACUGGUACAGCAUACACGUGUAUCGUGCAUGAUGUAAAGUAUGUGGCGUGAAAAAAGGUGCCGUUUUCACUGCAUGAAAGUUUAUUUAUGAAUUUAAAUGAGGGUCCAGCUAGACAAGAGUGGCUGUUGUGAUGGAAAUGAAUAAUGAUGGAUUUUACACAGGGUUUAAUGUGAAAGUGGACGUUUAUUGUAAGGUAUAAAUGGUAUACAACUAUACAAGUGGUACUACAGCAGAUUUCACCCCAUCGAAGGUGUAAGCGGUGCUGAUUUAGGACUUUUUGCCAGUUUUCAACUUUCAUGCAUAUUCAGUUAUUUAUACUGCUUUGUUUUGCAUUGUAACAGAGCUAUAUUUUCAUAGAAAUCCAUUUUUGGUACGGUAUUUGAAAUCAUUCCUCAUUUUGCAUAAUAGACUGCGUGUGUGUGGUACGAUCCAUCUCCAGUUUUUUUUACUGAUUUUUAAUCUAAGUAGCAAAUGUGUAACAGUACAGUACAGUCCACUAAGCUUUUCAGAAAACCAUCACAUUUCAGAAAACUACCCCCUCCCUUUUCUUGUACAGUAAGUUAUUUGACCACGCAUCUCUUUUAAAAGGCAUUUACAACAUACAUUCGCUCUACUAGGUAUCUUAAUACCAGUAUUCAGAAUAUUUAUAUCUGUAGAGGAAUGCAUUCAUAUGAUUUCACAAUUGUAAUUGGUUUUAUAUUGGCUACAGAUUUCAUGUAAUAUUUAGAUUUUGUAAAACAAAGCUACCAUAAUCUUUUUUUUUUCAUUGUAGUUUUAUGUUAAGGGGAUUGUGAAAUGCAAAGACAGGGCUGGCCAUAAGUUUUUGAUUGUUCCUGAUGUCACAUGCACUUUUAAUUGGCAUUUAGGUACCUCACAGCAAUAGAGUUUUAAAUGAUGCUUUUAAUCAUACCUUCCACAGGCAUUUCAUCAUAAAUGUUUUUAAUUUUUGUUGAUUCAAUUGGAUAUUCAUUCAGUACAUGUGGAUGAAUGGCCAGUCCUAAGACAUAAAAAGGUAUUUGUCAGGGUUUCAGGGGCAUGGAAAAGAGUAAACAUCUUUGUACAGCAUGUUGAUGCUCCACACCUCAGACUGAUGAUGUAUUUUUGUCCAGGCUGAUUUGCUUUGUGUGCCAUGAAUUGGAGGAAAUAAAUAUUUCUGUCCUUUCGAAUUACAUGUCACGCGUUAAGAUGGUGCAAAUGUAAAGACCAGGAAAAGGAAGAGACUGGUUCCCAAUGUAAAGAUGACAUGGACAAAUCAAGAUGUGGACACUUGAUUGCAAUGGAUUGCUACCCAAACCAGUGUCAUCUUUAGUCUAUACCGAACUUUAGAUGGACAGAUUGCAGUCGUCGUUUGCCUGCUGCCCUGUACAUCGAUGAUGAAGAGGAUGAGAGAGAGAGACUGAAGACGGACAGGAAGAAAUUGUAAAUAUGAGCAGUCGUUUUAGUGGUCUCUGAGAGAUGUUCAUCCGAGUAUUUGCUUAAUAUGGGAAAAACAAAGACAUAGAUGCUAAAAUUGUAAAAGAAAAGUUAUAUUAAACAUUUCCUAGUCUUGUUGAAAUAAAGACUGCAGAUAUUUAAAUAUA